AUGAAAUUCUUCGCUAACCUAUACCUCUUUAUCGUCUCGGCUGCUCUCGUAGCAGCCCAAGAUCCGACACCCGUGGCGGCCCCAGAAGAGGGUGGAUGCUCGUCCCAACAACUUGUGGAUCAAUGUGUUCUGACGAUGAAAAAUGCGAUGGCGAAAUGUCAAACUGACAAUUGGGAUUGCAAAUGCAGCGCUCAAGCGAAUAUCGCCAACUGCUAUGUUGAUUGCCUUAACAACAAGGAUAGCUUCUCGGCUCAAUUAUCCAGCGCGGAGAUAUGCGCCACUGCCAACGCAUACGACUCCGGACUCACAGACGUUCCCGCUACUUGGGUCACCCCCGGACCUGCAGCAGCGACCCCGGCACAGAUCAGUGAUAUUGACGAUGACGAAUUCGAUACGAAGAAGUCGGCAUCUUCUAGCGAGCCAACAAAGUCCUUGACGGAAGAAAAGAGCGCGAAAACAUCGGAGGGGGCAGCGGCUGGCAAAGCUGCUGGAAGCUGGUUGGCUCUUGUAGGAUUGGGGAUUGGAAUGGCCUUUUGA